AUGAUCAUCGAUUGGCUACUGGCCUUGAUCAGCGUUAGUGUCUGCAGCAUCCUUUUCUUCCUGAUGUUCCUCGUCGUCAUCUGUUUCUGGAUUGUCAUUGCCUUGAUCAACUUCACCAGCACCGUCCUCUUCAUGACAUUUCUCAUUACCAUCAGUAUCUUGAUGAAUAUUCGUGGAAGUGAAGAGCGUCAGGAAUAUGGCCGAAUUCAAGACCUCUACGUCGAUAAUAUGCCCUCACUUGUUACGACUGACAUGCUACCAUCCGCAUCUACCAGCUUGACGUUCAAUACAAAACGGUCGCGGAAGCAAUCUGGCAAG